UUUGGCAGCAGGGACUACACCUGUGGUCUGGAGCCUUUGGGCACAACCAAAGCAGUAAGACAUCAUGAAGGCCCUGUCAUGUCCCUCCAUUCAGUCACGCUGUUUUGUAUCUUUCUGUUCAGCUUCCUUGUGUUUCUGAGGUACCAGAUCUAUUAUGGUUACCCCCUGCAGACAUACCUGGAAUAUCCCAUCAUCAUUGCACAAGAUGUCAUUCUCCUUUUGUGCAUUCUGCGUUUCAGUGGAAACAUGAAAAGAGCUUUGCUCUAUGCAGUCACGUUUUGGGUGGGCUGGUACAUGCUAACACUGCGGAAGUGGAUAAUAGACAUGGCCAUGAACUUGUGCACGUUCAUCAGUGCAGCCAGUAAGCUGGCUCAGCUGCGGUGUCUCUGGCAGACAAAGGAUUCUGGACAAGUGAGCGCCCUGACCUGGAGUAUGUCUGCGUACACUUGUGCAACAAGAAUACUUACAACUGUAAUGACUACGAAUGAUUUCGCAGUUCUCAUCCGUUUCAUAACCAUGCUCAUUCUCAAUAUCUGGGUCACAGCCACAAUCCUGCACUACAGGAAGACUAUAAAGACUGAUUAG